AUGGUGAUGUUCCUGUCGCGAAUUGAACGGCAGGCCCUGCUGGGCAUUGCCCUCUGUGUUGUCGUCAUUGCGAUCCUGCAUGAGGUCACACAACUGAAAGAUAUUGCAGAAAGCAUCCAGACGAAGAUUCUAGAGGACCACUAUUCGACCCUCGGGCUCCCAGCUGAUGCUACACCAGCUGAAAUUACCACUGGUUUCAAGCGUGCCAUGACGAAGCUCACAUCCAAGCAGCAGGCAGAUCAGCGGAAUCGAGCCAAAAUAAACGCUGCCCAUGAUGUCCUCUCCAAUUCAGCACUGAAAGCAGCUUAUGACAAAAACAGGAAAUUCGUGAAGCUCACCAGCUCAGUUCUGGCAUCAGCCUGUGUCGCUGUGCCCUUGCUGAUCCUAAUACGGUUCUGUUCCAAGAUGGCAUCUCGCUCAAAUCUUCAUCCCCAAAGCUUCUUGGGGCAGGUCACUACGAGCCUACAGAAGAUGGAAUUUGCCGUAGAGUUUCAGGUCAAGGCACAAGAUAGCUUGGGAGCCGAGCUGCAGAUGGAGAGGAACGGAACCAUGUUGAGGGUUCGUUCUACUAUCAGUGGUGGUUCUAUCUCGGAGCACAACCGCAAGGUGCAUGAUGAAGGCUGUCAUAGUGCUGGGAAAGGGAUGCUUUGGUGGAAUGCGCCAGUUCUCUGGGAGGGUGACAUGCUAGAGUCAGCAAAUGGAACGAAAGGUCAGGCAGCUGAGAUGCUGACAAUACUGAAAUCAACGGAAUCGCUGACCUUGCAGGUUCGAAGGUCUUGGGAGAAUGCCUUGGUGUGGCCGUGGAUUUGCGAAAGACGUGUGACAAAGCUGAACUCUGAGAGGUGGGGGUUAAACCUGCGAAAUGCGAGGGAUAGCAGCAACAGCUUGGAGGUCACCGAAAUCGUGGAAGAAGGUGGAAUUGCUCACUGGAAUGAGGCCAAUCCAGACUUGGCCAUUCGUGUAGGGGAUCGUUUGUUGGCAGUCGACCAAAGUGUUGGCCAGGGGCUCAGCAGAGGAACUCUUCGGACUUGGGACUUUAGUUCACACACGGGGCCAUGGCGGCCAUUCCUGAGGCUCAAAGGAUAUGCUGGCCGCUUUCGCAGAUUCACAUUCCAUUUGAUCAGAACUCAGUUUCUGUAA